AGGUUGGCUAAGAUGGCGGAAUGAACGGCUGUGACUUCCUAAAAAUGUUUCAAGUGUCCGAUCUUACAGCUAAAUAUAUUCCAAAACAUUCAUUUUGUCUAAAUCCCACGAAACGGAAGUUGAGUUUGGAGCGAUGGAGUGUUACCGGAAGUGAAGAUUGAAGACGUGAUAGAAGAUGGACGACUACUGCUAUGCUAAGAUGGCGACGUCCGCUAAAAGAGAACAUGAAAGAGAAUCAACUUCCAGCAAAUCACCAACGGAGAUAAAGACGAAAACUGCACAUGAAGAUGAACGAGUUGAAGUUUCCAACGAAGAAAAAAUUCUGACUGAAAAGAGCGUUGACGAAAAGUUAGCCGAAUAUGUUGAAGAACGUAAACAAAGGACCGCCAUGAUUGUUGGCUUGAAGAAGGCAGUGGAGUUCACAUCAGAGGAGAUGAAAGAAUGCAAAAGUCAAAUGAAGAAAGUGGAAGAGCAAAACAAGCGCUUGUGUAAAGAAAAGAAUGAUGUGAAAGAAGAGAUGUUGGGGAAGAGUAAGAGAUGUGAAGAGAAGACUGGACCACAUGUCUACAUCAACGUGCAGAGGAUUGGAGAGGUCCAUCAGCUGAUUGGUCAUCCAGAAGAAGUUUCCCCUCAGCCAGAGGGGGAUAGAUCCACUUUGAAGCAGGAGACUCCACAGCCACCCCGCAUUAAAAAGGAAGAGGAGGAACUCUGGAUCACUCAGGAGGGAGAGUGUCUUCUAGGACGAGAGGAAGCUGAUCUCACCAAGUUGCCACUGACUGUUGUCUCGGCGAAGACUGAAGAUGAUGAGGAGAAACCACAAGGAGACAACCUCUUAGCGCCACUAUCAGAUAGUGAGGCUGAAGACGAGGUUGAAGUGUCUCUGAGCAGCGAUACAGACUGUGAAGGUGAUAUGAGGACUCACACUGACAACAAACACUCAAAAAAGAAGACAGGUAAAAAAGGUUUGAGCUGCUCCGUUUGUGGUAAAAACUUAAGUAAAGAAAGCCUUUUAACUCAACACAUGAGAAUGCACACGGGAGAAAAACCAUUUAUCUGUUCAGUUUGUGGCAAAAGCUUCACUUUGAAGAGCAAUUUGACUGAACACACGAGAACGCACACUGGAGAAAAACCAUUCAGUUGUUCGGUGUGCGCAAAAACCUUCACGCACAGGAGCUGCCUGACUCAACACAUGAAAACGCACACAGGAGAAAAACCAUUUAAUUGCACAGUUUGCGCAAAAAGUUUCAUUUCAAAACCAAGUUUGACGCUACACAUGAGAAAGCACACAGGAGAGAAACCGUUUCAUUGUUCAGUCUGCGGUAAAAGCUUUACUCAGAAGAGCCAUUUGACUGAACACUUGAGAACACACACCGGAGAAAAGCCAUUUAACUGCUCAGUUUGUGGUAAAAGCUUUUCUGUAAAGUGGAAUUUGACUCAACACAUGAGAACACACACAGGAGAAAAAACUUUCAAUUGUUUAGUUUGUGGUAUAAGCUUUUUUCAAAAGGGAAGUUUGACUAAACAUAUGAAAAGGCACACUGCUGAAAAUGUGUUUAAUUGUUCAGUUUGUGGUAAAAAGUUUAGGACUAAGAGCCAUUGGACUGAACACAAGAGAAUGCACACUGAAGGUAAAAAACAUUGAAUUACUCAGUUUGGGGUACAAACUUUUUUCCCAGACCUGGUUUGGCUCUACACUUACUGAAACACACUGGACCAAAACCAUUUAGUUGUUUAGUUUGUGGUUAAAGAUUUUCUCUAAUAAGCAAUUUGACCAAACGCAGCACAAUGCACGUGGGUGAAAAAAGUUCAAUCCAAUCCAAUCCACUUUGUUUGUAUAGCACAUUUAAACAACAGAAAUGGUUCCAAAGUGCUGCACAACAAUAUUAAAAACAAUAUUCAAAUAUUAUCCUCAGCUCCACCAAUGACAAUAAAAAAUUUUAUAAAAUAAACAUAAAAAUAAAUAUGAUUAAAAACGAUUUUAAAGGGUAAAACCAAUUAAAACAAUAAAU